AUGAGCGAAUUGGCGCAGAAGCCUGAUAUCACUGUGGUCCAGAGCGACCCUGUGGUAGAUUCAGCCCAGUCGUCCGCGUCAUCGCCCGUCCAUACGGAGGACUCGCAAUCAGGCGUUCAGAUGCUUCGCAUAGAGGAGCAAUCGCCGCCGGCAAGAGUGGAAGGCGAUCUAGCGACAGGCAGUCGAGCCGAUCAAGAUGCACCUCCUACUACUUCGCCGCCAGCCCGGGAAGCUGUCUACAACCGUGUGAUCAAAUGCGUAACAUAUCGCGCCAACAACCUCCCCUGCGACGACCUCGGCCCUUGCACCGAGUGCGAACAAGACGAAACCGAAUGCAUUCGCCGUCGCUGCGGCUUUGCGGCUAAGAAGGUUGGACAGCGCUGCGAGCCGCUCUGCGACUGUCUUCACAACAGUGAACUGCAGAAGAACAGCGAGGCAGACAACGGCAAGAUGAACAAGCGCAAACGGGAACUGGAAGACAGUGAAGCGGAAGGUAAGGGCCCAUAUAAGGCACUGAAGGACACAGUGUUGGAGGAGAGGACAUCGGACGAGGAGCCAGAAUACUACAGCCUGGAAGAGAUGCGGUUGGCGGCAAGGGCCACUGCAGAAAGGGAAAGCAAACGCUUGUUCGACAAGAUAAUGGCGAUAUCGAAGAGCGAAGUGGCGGCAAGGAUGUCAACUCAAGAGCAUCGGGAAGACGACGAGGCAAAGGGUGAGGAGGUCAAGAAGGUCAAGAAGGUCAAGAAGGUCAAGAAGGUCAAGAAGUCUGCCAUUGCCAUCGCAUACGUGUAUCUCGCUGAUGGAACCGGAACGGCGCAGGAUGUUGAAGCUACCGACUGAGUUUUGUCGUCAGGGCAAGCAUCGGUUGCGGCGAUCAGGCGCGACGACUUCAGGGAUGAUAGGGCGCCUCAUGGCGCUCACGAUCUUUCUGUAUACUAUCAUGCCGAAGUAUCGCCUAGUCGUCGAUCGUGGGGGAACGACACAUGGUAUGCGGGGACAGACCUUUGGAGUAAGGAUUUUGCGGUAACGGACUCGCUGAGAGCCUGUUAAAUUAGGCCUAGAUUUACAAACAGACACCAUUGUGUAUCGUCGUGGACCGCGUGUUGUGAU